GCGGCCAGUCGCUCCUCUGCCUCCGCUGCGUUGCGCGCUGGUUAUGGAUCAGGACGCAGCGCGCCUCCCUGCUGUCUGCGGCGCGUAGAAAGGUGCCCAAAUGAACCGCCGCCCUCCCGGCUCCUCUGGAGUGCAAUGGCUUAACAGGAGAGACAUGAGUGUCCGAGCGGAUGACAGCAUCACCCUGUGCCAGAGGGCUCUGCAGAUCGUUACGGAACUUUGCCUUGCGGGACACGUGGACCGAGAGAAAUGCGCGGACAUUUUCCCCUUGGAGAGCAGCAUACAAGGUAAAGGACACGCAGACAUCUCCAUCAGUCUCCUCGCUGUGGUCGUGGGUUUCUGUGGCCUCGCCUUGCUCGUAGUCUCUCUCUUUGUCUUUUGGAAGCUGUGCUGGCCCAUUUGGAGGAGCAAGACUCUGUCGGCCCACGCCGAAAAUGGCCUCCACGUGGGUUUCCCCGAGGCGCCUCCUCCCAGUUCCACUCCGGUCGUCGAGUGCAAAGUGGCGGAGGUGGAGAAGAAACACCCGCCGGAGGUGAAAGUGAACGGACGGAGCAACGUGAAGUACCUCGAAGGAGCCAUGAAGAUCAGUCAGACGUCGCCAGACAUCCCUGCAGAGGUGCAAACAGCCCUGAGGGAGAAGAUCAGCAAACAGCCGACGAAGAUCCAGAGGCAGACGACUGAGCCAACAUCCUCCUCCAGGCACAAUUCAUUCCGCCGCCACCUCCCUCGCCAAAUGAAUGUCAGCAGCGUAGACUUCAGCAUGGACAAAGUGCCUCUCCGCCAGUCGUCUACGGUGAGCAUCGGAAGAAUAAAACCAGAACUGUACAAGCAGAAGUCUGUGGACUCUGAGGAUGAGGCUAAAGGUCACGUGGAAAUCUGUGGGAAGCUCAGUUUCUCGCUGCUUUACGACUACGAGGAGCAGGCCUUAGUGGUGAGGAUCCUCAAGGCCUUGGACCUACCGGCCAAAGACUUCACAGGCACCUCCGACCCGUACGUGAAGAUCUACCUGCUGCCAGAGAGGAAGAAGAAGUUCCAGACGCGAGUGCACCGCAAGACUCUGAACCCCACGUUCGAUGAGACCUUCCGUUUCCCCGUGGCGUACGACGAGCUUUGCAACCGCAAGCUGCACUUCAGCGUCUACGACUUUGACCGCUUCACAAGCCACGACAUGAUUGGCGAAGUCGUGGUGGACAACCUUUUUGAACUGUCUGAUCUGUCGAGGGAGGCAGUAGUAUGGAAGGAUAUCCACGCAGCAACCACAGAGAGUAUCGACUUGGGCGAGAUCAUGUACUCGCUGUGCUACCUGCCCACAGCGGGGAGAAUGACCCUAACAGUCAUCAAAUGCAGGAACCUCAAAGCCAUGGACAUCACAGGCUCUUCAGAUCCGUAUGUGAAGGUUUACCUGGUGUGUAACGGACGGAGGCUGAAGAAGAGGAAAACGACAACCAAGAAAAGCACACUCAAUCCAGUUUACAACGAGGCCAUCAUCUUCGACAUUCCCCCUGAGAACGUGGAGCAAGUCAGUCUCUCCAUCAUGGUGAUGGAUUACGAUCGGGUUGGACACAAUGAGGUGAUUGGUGUGUGCCGAGCCGGCCCAGAUGCUGUGGGCCUUGGACGAGAUCACUGGAACGAAAUGUUGGCUUACCCACGAAAGCCCAUCACACACUGGCACGCUCUGGGAGAGUGGCAGGGAAGAGCUGCAAGCUUUGAGAGUCAAGGUUCGUGUCCUUCGCCCAAACCUCUGCAGACUCCCUGACGAUUCCAGGUAGAGUCAGAGGAUCGCUGCUGUGGGAAACCAGAGAUAUUUACUGUUCUGCAGGGCACAGGGAUGGAAAGCUGAUCAUUUGUUCUGGGAAUUGAAUCCGACGGAGACGGCUAUGCACAACGCUCACAGUUCAACAGUUUAUUUACAGAGAUAACAUCAAUAAUAAUAAUAUUAAUAACAAGAGUCUUUUCAAGGAGUCCAUAAUAGUUCAUGUGCAACUAUUUAAUACCUUUCAGUAUUUAAGCUCUUUUAGCCUUUGCUAUUUUAAUUUGAAAUGGCACAAAGUUAAAGGGCUACGCCACUCAGAGCCAUGGGAACAUUUAGUGAAUAAACAAGUCACCAUCUGAUGUCUGCAGGUAGCUAAACAUCUGCAAGCGCUGAGUAAAAUUCAGAAAAUUCAUCCAUCACAUUUAGAGAAACAGCUGCUGCAGGAAUGAGUGGCAAACAAAUUAUCAGAGCAACAGAGAUCAAUGAAAUACAAGUUAGUCUGAAAUUGUUUUGUGCUGUUAGUUUCUGAAAGCCAAACUGAAUCGCAAAAUCUAAUAAAAAAGCUGAGUAUUUAUUUUUUUACUGACACUAAAGUAUUUAGGUAACACAAAUAAAACUUUAUUUUGUACUUCCUUCAUAGUAAAGCUGAGGACUCUAUUGAUUUAGCUUUAGUUGGUUAGAAGUUUCCAUUAGUCUGGGGCUUUUACUGAUCUAUUUGAAUUGUUUUUUUCUCCAAACUGGAUGAUUAUAGAGCUGUAAGGAGUGAGUACAUUUCCCCCUUUUACCUGUAAAAUUGCCUUAGUUCCUAAUUAAUUUGAUCAAUCAAAGGGUCCAUUUUGACAUUACAGCUUUAAACAGCAGCUACAAACUCAUCCACUGCAUCAAAGAUGUGUCUUGAAAAUAUAAAAUGUCCUAUUGCAAUUGAUUAAGGGAUUAUGAUGGGAUUUGAGGGAAUUGCUGCUCUCUUUAAAAAACUCUGCUACAAGUUUCAACAAUAUCGCAAUUCUUUGGAUGGACAUUUUCCAAGUUGUUGUAUGGUCACAAAACGACAGUUCAAAGUAAUGAUCAAACAUCUAAAAGUGGUAAGAAGGGGUCGUUUUUAUCUGCAUAUAUACAUAAACCAAUCCCACAUUAACAGAUUAUCUCAAAUAUUGAAUUAAACGUUACUUGAAGAAUUGGGAGACUGAACAAAAACCUUUUUUAAUUAAAUAUUCUUCAUAGUCAUAAAUUCAGGGAAACAUUCUGAAUUCAUCCAUAUCAAAUUUAUUUCUGAAAUCUUCGUGUUAAUAAUAAAAUAUUCAGCCUAGCAAUUAGAGAAAGGCUAUGUACUGUUACCUUAAUGCACAUGCAGUAUAUGAUGCUUUCCUUCUGCUUUAUCCUCAGUAUGAAAAAAGUCCUAUUUUUACUUGUAGCAUGCCUGUUGCCACUUUAAAUAAAAAAAAGCACCUACUGAAGGGAAAAGAGUGUAAUGUUUAACUCUAAAAAUCUUACAUUUUGUGUUUACAGUUGUGUAGAUAUCAAUGCACAGAAUCCUGUGCACACAACUCUGUUUCAUAAAAAGUUGGGACUGUGUAAAUAGAAAGCAGAAUGCUGCGAUGUUCAGAUGACGUCAACAUUAAAGUAUUAUAGUGGCAUCACAACAAAAUUUGGACUUAGACUCGUUAGAAAAAUCACUCAAUAAGUAAUUUUGCAGAUAACAGGGAUCCACUGCAGUUCUCUGAUGAAUUAUCAUGGUUUCUAUGCUAGAAAACUAGAAAAUAUAUAUUUAUUAUCCCUAUGUUACUGAAAGCAUAUUGCAAAAAUACUGACUGAUUGCAAAUGUUGUUUAAUUAUUUAAGUAAAAUGCAUGAAACAAAGAAUUGAUCCGAUGCCAAAACUGCAAAUAUUGAACAGAACCAAAAGCAGAAAGACAUUAACACUUUUUAGCUUUUUAUUUUCGUUCACAUUUCCUUGCAAUAAGCAAAUAUCCCCGGUCUACUUUGUACGCAGUCACAAAUGUCAGUUUAAAAUGUCAAAUAUACAUACAUUUAAAGAGCCUCAUUGAAAACGUAUUUCUAAAUUCUUAACUUUAAUUGAAAAUCGAUUUGUUCACUGCAUGUUCAUGUCUGUUUGAGGUUGAGAUGGAAUUGCACAUGGAUUUAUUAACCAUUCAAAACUGUCAGAGAUUAUUACCCCAUGAAAAUAACUCAGAAAUAGUCCAAAUAGUUUGGUUGCAUUUUUUUUCUUUCCUCCUUUGAAAAAGUUUCUGCUUAUAUUUUAGAAGGGAUGGGAAGAGAUAGAAAGCCAAUAAUUGGCCUACUUUUCUUUUGCAUUUUGCUCGUGGUUUGUGGUGCAUGUCUACGCUAAAGAAAAAGAUAUAAAACCAAGAUAUCUCACAAACGAUCUGUUAACAUACAUGGAAAACCUUAAGGAAACCUUAUGUUAUAGCAGAACGUACAGUGGCCACCGUAAGAAAGACUUUCAGUAUUCAAUUAUGAACUGAUCAAUAGGUUAUUGCGAGAGAACGCAAAAGAAAACAAAAUCCUCCUGGUCUCUUAGAUUAAGCAAAACUUCAAUUUUCAAAAUUAAAAAAAGAAAAUCCCGUUUUUAGUGUAAUACAGUAUUCUGCUUCUAAUUACAUCCCACACAGACCCAACUGCGUUUUGGAAACAGGGUUGUUCUCGUCAGCAGAUCUGUUUGUAAAUACCAAGAAGUGAAACCUGGCAAGUUGUUGUGAUUUUGUGGAAAAACAAAGACAUCAAAAAUGUAUUUCUAUCGUUUGGUGACACUUUAAGAGACUCAGACUUGUAUUCAAGUGACAUUUCUACAUGUCCUGUAAUAGUCGUGAACAAAAAAGUGGAGCUGGGAAACCCAGCGAAGCCAACUCUUAACUUAUCAACUCGUUCUGUAUGUAGGAGACUAGAGCUUUGAGCUGUAAUUGUUUAACUAUUCGGUUCAAACUGUAUUAAGCAAGAAAUAACUGCUGCCAAUGUCAUGAUGUGUACAGUUUGUGAUAACUUUUGUAAAACAUUUGAGAUCUGAUUUAUUGUAAUUGUUUCAUAUGUAUUUUAAAAACCAAUAAAA